AUGCCCGCGGCCCGCCAUGGCUUGGGCAACAGCCUGCUGUGCCACGCCUCUCACCUGUUCUUGAUCCCCCCUCCCCACCCCUGUCUUACCCCUGCUCCCCCGCACACCAGCACCCAGCCCAUCUCCCGCCUGGCCCACCUCUCCCGCCCCGCCCUCUCGCUGGUCUUCCUGGCCCGCCACGGCCUCGGGAACUCGCUGCGCGGCUUCGUGUCUCACCUUCCCGCUGCUCUUCAACCCCUCUCACCAUCUUCUUUCCCUACCAACAGCACCCAGCCUAUUUCCCGCCUGGCCCACCUCUCCCGCCCCGCCCUCCGCUCGCUGGUCUUCCUGGCCCGCCACGGCCUCGGGAACUCCCUGCGUGGCUUCGUGUCCGCCUUCGUGUUUGCACGCCUGGCGGGGCGACGGCUAGUCACCCUGCAUGCGGGGGAGCACCACAAGGUGUAUGACCUCCUGUGCCACGCCUUUCACUGCGGGUUUGACGGGGUCCGGUGGGGGGGACUGGGGGGGAGUGGAGGGGCGGGAGAGGCGGGGAGAGUCGGGGAAGGAGAGGGGGGAAGAGAGGGGGGAGGAGAAGGGGAAGGAGGGGGAGGGGGAGUAACGGGAGGAGGAAGAGGGAGAGGAGGGAAUGGAACGGAGGGUGGAGGAGGGGGAGGAGCGGGGGAGGGGGGCAUGCUGCUGCCGAUGGAGCUGUAUCGGCGGUUCAAUGAGAUGCAGCCCAAGUAUCUGAUGGAAAGCAUUAAAAGCAUUCCAGCAAUGAGGAAUGCCAUUGCCUCCACCCAUCCCAUCCUUGGGGCUCGCACCGGCUCUCACUUUGACCUCUUCUGGCACCGCAACGACACGCUCAGGAGCUGCGUCUACGCUGCCUUCAAGUGCAGGUGGGUUCGUUGA